AGGCGAGACGAAAGGCUAGAGAGAGAAAAAAAACAAUUAAAAAAAAAUCACUCUAGAGAGAGAGAGAGAGAGGAGAGAGAAAAGUGCGUUGAAAGACCAAUCUGACCUCCGUGUCCGGCUGUUUCUUCCUCCUCCUCCUCCUCCUCCUCCUCUCUACUCCGCCCCCUCCCCGUUUCAUCAUGAAUGAGAAGGCCAACGUUACCAAGGAGCUCAACGCCAGGCACAGAAAGAUAUUAGAAGGGCUUCUUAAGCUGCCGGAAAAUAGGGAGUGUGCUGAUUGCAAAGCUAAGGGACCACGAUGGGCUAGUGUUAAUUUAGGCAUUUUUAUAUGUAUGCAAUGUUCUGGGAUCCACAGAAGUCUUGGUGUUCACAUAUCAAAGGUACGGUCGGCUACCUUGGAUACUUGGCUUCCAGAGCAGGUUACUUUUAUUCAGUCAAUGGGGAAUGAGAUGGCAAACAGUUAUUGGGAGGCGGAGCUACCACCAAAUUAUGACAGAGUUGGGAUUGAGAAUUUUAUUCGUGCAAAAUAUGAAGACAAGAGAUGGGUUGCUAAGGAUGGAAAACCAAAGUCACCUUCUCGAGUACAGGAGGAAAAGCCUUCUUUGCAUGGGCAGAGGCCUGCAGAAAGAAGUGGGUCAGGGUAUUCAGGUCAUUCUGAAAAUUUGUUCGAGGAAAGGAAGAGAGUUCGAUCUCAUAUUGUGAAGGAGAGUAUGCCUGCCUCUAGAGUUACUCUUCCGGUUCCUCCCAGAGGACCUGAACAAGUUGCUCCAGCCCCCAUACCACGCCAAGAUCCAAAACCUGAACCAGUUGUACAGCAAGCCGAAGCAACGAAACAGACUACAAAUGAUGCCCCGGCUGUCUCUCCUCCAAAAGUUGAUUAUGCUACUGACCUCUUCAACAUGUUAUCCUUUGAUAGCCCUUCCUCUGAUGGUUCAGUAGCAGUUUCUACAGAUGAUAGUGCAUGGGCUGGCUUCCAGUCUGCUGAAGAAGCAUCAUCAGCAGAGAAACCUGGUCCAGCUAAGCCAGCUGAAGCCAUUACCCAACCCUCUUCUGGAAUUGAGGAUCUUUUCAAAGAUACAACUUUAGUUUCACCUGCUUUAGUUCCCGAAAAACCUUCGAAAGAUGUUAAAAAUGAUAUAAUGAGUCUUUUCGAAAAGUCCAAUAUGGUCUCUCCAUUUGCUAUGCAUCAACAGCAACUUGCCAUGCUAGCUCAACAACAAUCACUUCUCAUGGCUGCUGCAGCUAAAUCAGCUGCUGGGGACACAAAAUUUAGCAAUACUCAAACCUCUGUCCCCAAUGGCACCAAUGUUCCUCCUCAAAGUUGGCCAAAUGUUGUCUACCCGAUUCCUGGAUUGAUGAUGCAAAUAGGUGCCCAGGGUGGGCCGACAACUACAGUGCAGAUGAUGAACAGGGGGCUGGCAAAUCCAGUUGGGAGUUCUGUUCCAUAUCCAACAUCUAGCCUUUAUAGCCUCAGCCAAGUUUCUUCAGUGCCAGCUAAUGGCGUGACCCCCACAGCGAAAAAUAAAACUCAAUCGUCUGCGUCGAUACCAUCAGCGACUCCUUUGCAGUCGCAGUCAGGAAAAGAGUACGACUUCUCGUCUUUAACACAAGGUAUGUUUUCAAAACAUUAAACACUGGUGUUGGAUUAAGGAUGAUUAUGAUGGUGGGAUGAUUUGGUUGGUGGUAUACCAAGAAAGUUAAGUCGCAGAAAGAUUAGAAGUGCCCAAUUUUUCCACCUGUAGUGGGGAUUGUAAACUAUAUUACUUGUAGAGAGGCAGUCUCAGUAUUCAUAUUUUUAUAUUGUUUGUUCCUUUUCGAGUGAGUGAUUUCUUCAUUUGUAUUAUUAUGAGUAGCUGACCAAUAAAGAAGGGAUUAGAUUAAUAUGAUUUUAUCAUCUAUACCA